AAGGUUAGUUUACUAAAUCAUAAAAUGGGCGAAGAUUUCAAUAAGCCAAUAAUGGAAAUGUGUUAAAACAAGAUGCUGAACAGUUUAGGAUGCACAAAAUCAGGAAACAUUAAGAAGACAUAACCUCGAUUUACAGCUCUACAAGCAUUUUGGGGCAAACAAAGACCAGCGGAACUAACCAAGUGGGCGAUCUGAAUUCUCCUAAUCAACAAAGAUUUGCAAUGAUAACAUAUAAUAUUUCUCAGCAGGAAAAUGGUACCUAACAAGCUUUCCGCCCCAGACUCCAGCUCGACUUGGACAGCCGAGAAAAACAAAUUGUUCGAAAAUGCUCUCGCAAUCUAUGAUCAGGAAACCCAUGACCGUUGGCACAAGAUAGCCAGGAUUGUUGGAGCGACAACUGAAGAGGAAGUGAAGAGGCAGUACGAGAUCCUAGUACACGACAUCAACUGCAUCGAGUCAGGCAAAGUUCCCCUUCCUAAAUACAGGAAAGUAGGAGAAAGCAACAUCAGCAAUCAUGAGAAGAGGCUGAAGAGUUUAAAGCUAUAAAGACGCUCUCCGGCAUUAGACGCAGCACCAAUUUCCUCAUGAAGUGGAUCUACCAUUAACUUAUAUUGUCCCCCCUGUCACAUCCCUUUGUUUUUUCCUUCAACAUCUAAAUGCAGUGUAAUUUCCCCCCAUCUCUUGCACAUGUAACAAAGGAAGAAUCAUCUCAUAUGCGAGCACUAACUUAUUUCUCAUCAUUAA